CUGGGUUGCUUGCUGAGACCCCAAACCACUCUUUUGCCAAUAGUUCAUUCAGAGACCAUGCCAUUGCAGUGUAGGUUUUACGAGAAUCUCUACCCAGAGAAAGAUGAUGUCGUGGUUGUGAAUAUAACGUCCAUACAGACCAUGGGGAGCUAUGUUGAGCUGUUGGAGUACAAAAAUAUCGGGGGCAUGAUCCUCCACAGCGAGUUAUCUCGCCGUCGUAUCCGGUCGAUUAAUAAACUGGUUAGGGUUGGAAGAACUACAGUUGUAAUGGUAAUUAGGGUGGAUAGCGAAAAAGGUUAUAUCGAUUUGUCGAAGCGCAGAGUUUCUUCAGAAGAAGUAGCCAAAUGUCAAGAGAAAUUCGCAAAGGCCAAAGCGGUGAAUCAGAUUCUUCGGCACACUGCAGAGAAGUUGGGUUACGAGACGGAUGAGCAGCUUGAGGAACUGUGCAAAAAGACCGCUUGGUACUUCGAUAAUAAAAUGGGGAAGCGGGCGGCCUCGUAUGACGUCUUCAAACGCGUUGUAAAUACUCCCAGCAUAUUGGACGAAUGCGAUAUAGACGAGCAUACACGCGAGGUCCUCAUCAGCAAUAUCCGCCACCGGCUCAUGCCACAAGCAAUGAAAAUUCGUGCGGACUUUGAAGUAUCUUGUUUCACUUUCGAAGGGAUUGAUGCCGUGAGGCGUGCUCUGCGAGCUGGUUUGGAACUUAACUCGGAAGAGCUACCUAUUCGAAUCAACUUGAUCGCUCCACCACUGUACGUUCUUACAGCGCAGACGAUGGAGUGGGCAGAGGGAUUGGAGCACCUGAACAAGAUACUGGAGACCAUAAGGACCUCCAUCGAAAGCCAAGGCGGUUCUUUCAAAAUACAACAGGCGCCACGACUUGUAUCAGACACCGAUGAAGCUGAUUUGCGCCGACAUAUGGCUGAAUUGGAAGAAGCGAAUCGCGAAGUUUCCGGGGAUGAAGAUAACGAUGAAGAGGCCGAAGGGGAUGAAGAUGAAGAUGAGGACGGCGAAGAUGUUGACGGUGCCUCAGACGGCGAUGACUGACUUUACUGAUUCCUUAUUUUUCAUCCGGUUCCCCGCCUCCAAUCCCUUUGUACUCUGCUUCGCGGAUGGUGCGAAAAAAGAUCAUUUCUGGUGUUAUGAUAUACUGGACCUUCUUGUUCUAUUGCUCUAUAGUUGAACUACUUGAAACAGACUUACCGACGUAGCAGGUCCAUAUAAGUUCACCCUAUUUCAUUCUUAUAGUGCGAUGGUCUGAGAAGA